GUAACACCCAGUCUGAAAGUGCAAUGGCGAUAUUGGACAAUAACAGCCAUCGCUUUUGGGCACCACAUCUAUAUUAUGUGGCUGAGGCUGAAGAAAACACCUCCACACGGCUGCAGAAACACGUGUAAUACCUCCACGGCGCGCGAGGAGCGACUACCUGCAGGAGGAAGGAGGAAUCUCACAGCUUCUGCACGCGAUGACAGUGUAGACUCAAAAACCCUGGUGUGACGUGUGAACAGACACCAUGGCCACGCAGGAACCGUCCCCUCCGUCCUCCAUGGAGAGCAACAAGCCCGGCUUCCCCAAGAAGAUCCUGGGCAACAAGCUGGAGGACAAACACCUGUGCAACUGCUGCCACAACAUACUCAGACGACCGUUUCAAGCCCAGUGUGGACAUCGCUUCUGUUCCUACUGCUUCAACAGGACUGUCAGUAAUGGACCCCAGAAAUGCAGCGCCUGCAUCAAAGAGGAUAUUUUCGAGGACCCUACGUCGAUUUUGAAACCAGGAUGUGCUUUUCCUGACAACGCUGUUCGAAGGGAAGUCGAGCAUCUUUCAGCUAUUUGUAUUAAUGAAAAUUGCACGUGGAAAGGAAGCAUCAAAGACUACGAGAUGAACCACGAGGGGAAGUGUGAGUUCAUGAUCAUCCCCUGCCCCUCCUGCAAAGAACGAAUCCGCUUCAAUGAACAGGAGCGCCAUAAUGAGCGAGAGUGCCCGGAGAGAACGCUCAACUGCAAGUACUGCAAGGAGCCAUUUCACUUCAAAAACAUCAAGGCUCACGAUGAGAUCUGUCCCAAGUACCCGAUGAUCUGUGAAGGCUGUGCAAAGAAGAAAAUACCCAGAGAGAAGUACGUGGAUCACAUCAAGUUCUGCAGCAAAUUCAGGACCCCGUGUCGAUUUCAUGUUGUUGGAUGUGACAUGUCUGUUGAGAAGGAAAAGAUUCAUGACCACGAACGCGCCUACGCCUACGAGCACCUCAACCUGCUGCUGCACUACAUCAUGGGCAUGAAAGUGAGCAUGGAGGGCCUGCAGCCCCAGGGACUGGAAGUCGCCGGACACAAACUGGUGGAACUCCAACAGUCCCUCAGGGAGCUGGAGGCCAGAGUCUCCCAGCUCAGCACCACCUCCUCUGGGCCUCCCGUGCAGGGAGCCGCCGCCGCCUCCUCCUCUUCAUCCUCCAGCUCCGGCCCCCCCGGUCCUCCUGCUUCAGCUCCCCUCCCUCCACCUCCCACUCUGGCUCCCACCUUGUCCGUGUCCACCUCCUUCACACCCCUGCCCAGCUCGGUGGGCGCGGCGCUGGAGCUCCAGCUCCACAGCGAGAAGACGAAAGUCGCCGAGCUGGGCCGCAGGUGUACGGAGCUGGAAGUGAAGUCCAACACGUUUGAGAAUGUGGUGUGUGUCCUGAACAGAGAGGUGGAGAGGUUUGCCACCACCAUGGAGGCCAGCAACCGUCAGCACAAACUGGACCAGGACAAGAUCGAGGCUCUGAGUAACAAGGUGCGACAGCUGGAGAGGACGGUGGGGCUGAAGGACCUGACGGUGGCUGAGAUGGAGGGCCGGCUGAGGGAGAUGUCUGCCUCCACCUUCGACGGCGUCUUCGUCUGGAGGAUAUCGGAUUUUGCCAAAAAGAGACAGGAUGCCAUCGCAGGUCGAGCCCCGGCCAUGUUUUCACCAGCCUUCUACACCAGUAAGUACGGCUAUAAGAUGUGUCUGCGGAUCUACCUGAACGGAGAUGGGACGGGGCGUGGCAGCCACCUGUCCCUGUUCUUUGUGGUGAUGAGGGGACUGAGUGACGCUCUGCUCAAGUGGCCUUUCAACCAGAAGGUGACUCUGAUGCUUCUGGACCAGAGCAACAGAGAGCACAUCAUCGACGCCUUCAGACCCGACGUCACCUCCUCGUCCUUCCAGAGACCCGUGAGCGAAAUGAACAUCGCCAGCGGCUGUCCACUCUUCUGCCCGCUCUCCAAGCUUGACGCCAAGAACUCUUACAUCCGCGACGACACCAUCUUCAUCAAGGCCAUCGUGGACCUCACCGGCCUCUAGGCGGCCCCACUUCUUGUUGUGGUCUAGUUUGGCAACAUGGCAGCUCUUUGACCAUUACGGCUUCAUUUUGGCUCGAUCGUGGUCCCUGUAGGGCUCUGUUCAGGCAUCUCACUGUCCCCCCUGCAGCUUUAGGGAGACAGACGUGCUCGUGACUGCGUGUGGCUGCGGUCCAGACGGCGUUGGCAUUGUCAUACCCGGUGGUUUCUACGCGAGAGCCGCCGUCACUGCUGUACAUUUCAGGUGCAAAACUUUUUUCCUUUUGACAUCGCGGUGAUGAAAUUGUCACUUCACAUCAGUUUUCAGUUCAGAGACACAGAAGGGAAGCACCGGUGCAGCGUGGUCAGUGCAGGGUUAAGCAGAAGCAGAGAUGUCAGAGGUGGAACAGGAGUGAGAAGAGUUUACAGAAACUUUUAUAUAUUUGACAACUUGAGUUGUAACAGAGAAUGCAGACAGUUUUUUUGACUGGGUUUUAGAUUACUGAUAGUCGGUGUGAUCGUUCUGAGUGUAGAAAGCUGGCAGUAGACGUAUAAUAGAGUUAGAGCAUGGCUUUUGCUUUUUCUUGCAGAUUGUGGAUAUUGUGAGCUUCUCAAUUCCAGUGUCGAGUGAAUUUGCAUAGACAAACGUGGAGUUAUGUUAUGAAUAAGAUUACAGGCAUCUUUUGCCUUUUUUUCAUUUAACGCAAAGUGCAUGCCGCUGGCGUUUUUAAGUAUAAACAUCGGUCCUUAUUUCGACUGAGCUUCACAAAAAGUUCCUUGUUUGUUGUUAGUGAAUUAGCCAUCCGUGAUGGUGGACAUUGCCUGCAUGUCUUUGGAGCCAGGCUAUUUUACAUGUAAAGUUAGUGUUGCGUAUUUGUUCCUAUUAGGGGUUUUUCUGAUUGGUGGUUUGGUACAUCUGUGGAAGAUAACAGUGGAGUUUACCAAGAAGUCAGGGCAGCUUGCCGGACGAGCCUGAGGCAUAAAACUCUCCGUCAAACACACGUAGCUGGAGUUUUUCCCCCCCAGGAAGUGCUCACUCGCUCACAUCUCAACACAUAGUGCCGUGCCCCACCACAGAUUGAGGUCAACACAGAUUCCACGAAAUGAAGGAAUUGUCCGUUCCUUGUUUUCUGUCCAUACAGUAUACAGUGCAUAUGUGUUUCUGCUGCUUUAACAUAGAUGAUGAUGUAAACCUUAUAAAUACAUGUUGGUGAGGUAAACGUUUGUGGAGGCUGAGAGGCUGAAAUGCUUCAUCGGCCAUUAUUGACAGUAUUUAUCUAAGACUGAUGUUCAGUGCAGCCCUGAUUACUAAUCUCAUGUGCUCUCACUGCUCUCAUAAGGCACCACGAUGUAAUCUACAUUAUAAGCUGACGUGUACUUUUCUACAUGUCCACCAGAGGUUGCUGUUGCACUUACUUAGCAUGCAUGCUGAGGUUUUUUAAAGCUUCAUGCUGGCCUGUUUGGAAACCAGUCUCGACCUGUAUUGAACCCUCUCUGUGCAUGGGAGGCUUCAAUUCAUAUUCACUAAGGAGUUUCACACUGGUUUACCUCCCCGUGAGCCACGUGUGAAAGCGUUUAUUUGUAUUUGUUUGGAUGAAAAGUCAUAGAAUAGUUAUUAUGUUAUAUCCGGCGCUGCGUCUGUUCAACAGAAGCAGCUGCCUAUAUUCAUAGCAAUUUAUAAAUAUGUAUCUUUCAUAUCAUAAUGUCAAAAUAAUCUAUAUAUACAUGUUAAUAUACAGGAGAUGUUAUAAUAAACAUAGUAUUACUGAAUACCUUAUUAAUUCUAUAUCUAUAAACCAGCUUUUUGUUUGUCAAGAUGGUUUGAACAGGCCAGGACGCCCCUUCUUUUGUGCAGUAAGGAUUCUGUCUCGAGUGCAAUAUACGAUUAUGUCUGUUAGAUUUUGAUGACAUCUCGGCUCUAAGGGUUACCAGAGGUCAUACUUGACUCACUUGUUUACAUUACUCAUCAUGGCGCUGAAGAACUGCAACCAAUUUUUAACUUAUCAAGGGAAUAAUGGUGCUUUCCUUGUCAUUCAGCAUACUUUAUACCGCUAACGUCAGCCAGCAGCUCGUCAUGAAGCUAACCGGCUAAAAGAGCUGAUAACUUUUAGAAAGUCUGUUUUAACGUCGAGGUUUUUCUGCUAUGCUGUCAGUGGGUUUCUAUUCUUUAAUCGAAAUUUUCAAUAAAGACUUGAGCAUGUAAUUAAUACAUGAUCUUUUUAAACCUUGAGUGUUCUCGUAAUGUGCCAAAAUCAAACAUUACCUCCAUAUUAUACUAACAAUGUUGUAUUGCAAGUUGUAUUUUAUGUUCUAUGCUAAAAUAUGGUGCCAAAUAUGUUCAUAUUUAAGUUUGUGCUGCCUGAAUGUGUGAGUGUGUCAUUUUAACAGGUCAGUAUUUCUAUAAAGUGAAUACUGACCGGUGAACCUGUCCCCCUGAUUAAAGAUCCUCCCCGAGGUUUGUUGAAUGUAAGCUUUAACUCUUCUUCAGCUGUUCUGUCGUGUGAUGCAGUCGACUGAACUCCAUUUGUGCACUUUGUAUCAUGUGUCUGUCCAAACAGGGUAUUUUGUUGAGUGAUUUAUGUACCUUGAAAUCAGAGCCAUAUAUAUUCUGAUGUUGAUAAUUGAUGUAUUAUGCUAAAAUGAAGGACAUGCAGUAUGUAUUAAAGUUUGCUGGUUACA